CCUCGAGGAUGCACUUCUUCAAGUUCCUCUUGCCUUCACUUCUGACGGUGCUGCUGGUCGAGGACUCUCAGAGCAGAAGAGUCAGCUGCAGAGACAGCUGCUGCACUUUUGUGGAGAGCUUCCCACUCAGACUGAACAGGCUGCGCUCCUCGUACGACAAGAUAAGAGACUACUAUGAGGAGAAAGAUGAGCUUGACAGUGCACUUUUUAACAAGACAGUCCUUCAGAAAUCCUUCAAUAGCCCUUACGGCUGCCAUGCGAUGAACGACGUUUUGCAUUUCUAUCUGGACAUCGUGCUGCCCACGGCGAUUACUGAGGACGGGAAGAGCUUCAAAACGCCAAUAGACGAAAUUGGAAACAUCUUCCACGAGCUCAAGAGGGACCUGAUCAAAUGCAGGAAUUACUUUGGAUGCCAGAAGCCCUUUGAAAUUUCCAGCAUCAGGGACUCAUAUCAACAAAUGAAGAAGAAAGGGCUGUACAAAGCCAUGGGGGAGCUGGAUAUGCUGUUCAACUACAUUGAAAAGUAUCUGGCAUCAAAGCGUCCAACACACUGACUACAGACGAGAAAGCCGCUGGAUAACCCGAAUGGCUCAUUAGAGCGGUUUCGGGGCAACAGUGGACCAUGGAAGAACAAUUGCACUGGAUAUUGUAAAGAAACCUAUUUAAUAUUUGGCAUGAUCAUGCCGUUAAUUCAAGAACUCAGGGCGCCUUUCUGCUAUGCUGCCACACUACUUAAUCUUUUGUUGCACUGAGCUGUUUGUUUUCUAGAGCCCUGCUCUAGAAGUGUUCCUGAUGUGGUAAUGUUCUUAAAAGAACUAAGCUUAUACUUUAAGUCACAUUGACCAAGGCUAUUUUGAAAAGUAGUUGCCUUUUGCAAUUAGGUUUUACAUUUCAGCUUGAAAUUUUUGUAUCAGG